GAGAGGAGAAGGUCUGAUCUGCGCACGCAUCACCGACCUGCUUUUACGCGCGCUGGUGUGCAACCUUGGAGCAGCUCGGUGAUGCCCGAAGAAGUGACGCCGAAGUCGUGACGUGACCUGGUUUUUGUUUAAACCCUUUCUUCUCUUCCUCAUCCUCAUCAUCAUCACCCACUACAUACUGGCUGUGGCCGCUCCGCGCGCACUGCGGCGCUUUGAAACUUGGGAACAACAACAGAGAGCUCAGGGCGCGCGGCCGCUCCUCCUCUGGACCUCUGUGGCAGGAAUGAUGCUCGCGCUCACCGUCACCGUCACCUGCCGCGCGCUGCUCGUCUUCCUGCUCUCGGAGUCGGUUCAGACCGACCGAACAGCGCCUUUCCUGAUCACAGAGAAUAUGUGGCCUCGCGGUUGCGUCCUGGCCUGCCAGAGGGGGCGCCACAGAGCUGUGUGUGGUAGAAACGGCAGGUUGUAUAAAUCUCUGUGUGCCUUCCAGAGGGCCCAGUGCAUCAACACACAGCUCCGCCUCGCUCCACGAUCACACUGCUCAGACCCGAGUCAGUCCAAAUGCCAGCGGGCUCGGGCUCAAGCCCUGGAAGCCAGCGUCCACAACAGUGGCGGCCAUAUUAGUGCCACAGCUGCCAUCUUUGUGCCAGAGUGCAGUCCAGACGGUCACUUCCUGCCCGUGCAGUGCCACAACCAGACCGGAUACUGCUGGUGCUCCAUGCCUGAUGGCAAAAUUGUCAGCGGUACCUCGGUCCUCCACCUGAUCCCCAACUGUACUGAUCACAUUACCAAGUUGGCUCAGACCACUGAUGCAGAUUCAGCUUCAAUCAAAGAUGAAGUUGGUGAACCUGGGCCGACACUCGACCCCAGAAAACCUGCAGAGCUGACGGCUCCUCCAUUCUGGGUGACCAUCCUGAUGAACUCUGACCCCAAAGGAAACCGCUCAGUCAAACGACCCACCGACAGUCCUCAGAUGUGUGAGCGUGAGCGAGCGUUCCUGCUCUCUCAGAUGAGUUCAGUCUGGCAGGAAGAGCGCUUCAUACCAGAAUGCACUGCAGACGGCCGCUACAGCCCCGCGCAGUGUCACGCUGCUACAGGUUACUGUUGGUGUGUCAGGGUGGACAGCGGCAGGCCGCUACCAGGCACCUCUGCAAGGAAUCGCAUCCCAGAGUGCAGUGGGGCAGAGGAGACGCCAACAGACAGGAGGUACAGGGAAAAACCUCUACCUGGGUGUCCCGGAGCUCGUAAGAAGCAGUUCCUGCAAAGUCUGGUUCGUGCUCUGCAGCUGGAAGCAGAGCAUGCUGGGAGUCUGAGUCCCUACCAGCUCCCAAAUACACCUCCUUCCACCUCUCCCUCUCUGUCUUUCAACACUCCAACCUCUGCCACCCCUUCCUCCUUCACUCUGGAUGUUUCAGCUCUGGAGGCUGUAGAGUCUGCCAGAUCAGAGGCUGUUCUGCGGUGGCACUUCAGACAGCUGGACGUGGACUCCAGUGGGGUGCUUAGUGAACGUGAAGCACGACCUCUUCGUCAGUUCCUGAGACAGAGGCUGAGGCCACGACGGUGCGCCAAGAAGUUUGCUCAGUACUGUGACAGGGACGAAGACCAAGGCCUGACGCUGGAGGAGCUGAGGAUCUGUCUGGGCCUCUGAGGCAGCAACAACAGGACAAAAUCAACAGAUGCCAAAGGCCAACCUCUCCUACCACUCCGCUGUCACCUUACAAGGUUCUGUUUAUAUAGCCGUAAAAUCAUGGAAAUAUUAUCGCUCACUUCCUUUUUAAGCAACACUGCUUAAAAGAGAAACCAUGACUAAGGCCAGCCCCCUGGUUCUUCAAGAUACAUAAUUACUCUCUUAUCAGUUUUAUUCCUACCAUCCACAGGCUGCUGGAGUUCCACAUAACAGGCAGAAAACAACUGUAACAUUUAGAAACAACCAUGGAAUGACUUUAGCUUCCUCUGGUGGUGUUAGUGUCGACAUACUGUGUCUGUGAUAGCCUUGUGUACGUGUGCAAGUCAUUCGGGAGUCCAUUAAUUCCUACGAGAAUCUCUGUUGUGUUUGCAAAAGUCCCUCCUUUUUUCCCCCGUCUGGAACCAAGGGGGAGGUGUGGAAAUAAAUCCAUUUCUUUAAUCUGUUUCUCUCACUCUUUGUGACUUUCCCCUUCCAAACAUCCCCACCUCCUCCCCUUAAUCCGGUGGUUCUCAAACUGUGGGGCGGGCCCCCCUGGAGGGGCACAGAGCUGCUGCAGGUGGGGCAGGGAUGCAAAAAUGCAGUGCAAAAUAUGGAGUGAGAUAAAGUUGAAUGAAUAUCAUUUAUGUCGGGAACAUAAACAAAAACAGUUUGCCGAUGCUAUCAUGUUGACCUUUACUGCACUAAAAUUCAACAUGGAUCCUUUUGAAUUAGUCGCUUCCCAACUUUUUGUUAAUGAUAAAUAAUUGUGAGGUGGGAGGGUGCAUGAAUUUUUUUUGGCAUGCCCUUUUCUUUGUUCCCUCCCCACCUCUCCACCUCCUUCAUCCUAAUCCUUCCUCUUCUCUCCCAUCCUCCCUUUCUGCUUUGUACAUACUGUGCUUCCUUAUAUUUUAUAUACAUAUUGCCAGUAUAUUGAUGUAACAUAUUUUGUUACACAAGGUUAAUUCAUGUUUUUUAUACAUUAUAUUUUAGACAGUAUAUCAGUGUGCAGCACUUUCUAAGACAAUAAACUGUUUUCUGAUUGAUUGAACUUGACUUGAAACACAACUCUGAUAAACGUCCAAGUCAUUUUCAGUUUUUGAUGCCCUGUUGAUUGUAAA